AUGGUGAAGCAAGAGUAUGAGAUCGAGAGGCUGAUCGACUUCAUCAGAUUUGAAGAAGCAUACGAACAGUUCUACCAUUACAAAAACAAAGAGUUCGCUGGAAUUUUCACGAGCGCCCGAUUCAGAAAAAACGCGAGAAAUACCUACGUCACCAGCAGAUAUUAUUUCAAAGUGAAGUGGCUCGGCUUUGAUCGAAACAGCACAACUUGGGAACCAGAAGAAUCGAUUCCGAGUGCAGUGUAUCUCGGCCAGUUCAAGAGACUGAACAAUUUGGAGGAACACUUGGAAAAAAUCGAAGUGUCGUUCGAAUUGAAACAAAAGAGAGGUUACUGUCCUCUACAAGACGUGCAAAUUGUGGAAAAAACGGCUGAUGAACCCGUCAAUUUGUCUCUGUUCUCACCGGUUCUUCUUGACGCUGUUGACAAUGGAAGAUUCGGAAUGGUGCCGAUUCCAGCAGGGGAGAAUCUCAAUCAGAGCUCGUUCUUUUUCAAGCUAAAUAGUACAUAUUACUUUGUGAAAAACGCGGUGUACAAUACGGGGACGAGUGAUGACGUCGAAUCACUCAUCAAAACUUUCCAUCAUGAAAACAAAUGCUUCAUUCAAGGGUACAUCCGACAUGAAAACAUCGUCUCGAUGCUCGACAGCUUCUACAACUUCGACCCAAGCUCUGGAAACGUGCGCAUCUCGUCUGUAUUUGAGGAUUGUCCACAAGCUCUUCGCUGGAAAAUCACGAAUGAAGGUGUCAAUUGGAAACGCAUGACGUUCGACGUUCUGAAAGGACUUGCAUAUAUUCACACGCAUGGCAUUCACCAAGGAAUAUCAAUUGACAAUAUCUUGUUCGGAAAAAAUGGUCAAUUCAAAAUCAGCCAUUUUAAUGACUUCACAUUCUCGAAAAGUAUCGAUGCGAUGAAUGUGAAGAGUGUAGGAGUUGAACUAGCGCCAAGAAAAUACGGGUUGGAUAAUCAAUUCGACUUCUCUGUUGAUAUUUACGCUCUCGCCAUCGUGGCCCUUCAAUGUUCUGAAAGUGUCCUCCUCGUGCAGAGAGAAUGCAAUACAUUGGCUGACAUUGAAGAGAAAAUUAGUCAAGCCAUGGAGAACCUGCCAUCAGAUGAGGAUCGUCACAUGAUCAGAAUGAUGCUUAAAGCUAGACUUCUCAUGCAUCAAGGAACCGGAUCGUAUCGGUUCAGUGCUCACUCUCUCUCGUGCUGGCCAGUAUUGUAUAACAGUAAUAUGGUAUCCGUUGAAUGUUACUUCCUGAAGACAAUGGAUGCUACUCCAAUCAUCGAUCGUGCAUAUUAUGCACCAAAUGAUAGUGUCGCUGAUGUAACCAAUCGAUUCGCUGCGUUUUAUGGUUGCAGCUUGCAGACGGAUUACCGAAUGCUGUGCAGCACCAACUUUGAUCCAUCGUGCUCGGCUGAUAUUCUCAGUCGGCAUGAGAACUUCAAAGCGGUUGUAGACAAUGAGACGACACUUGGAAGAAAAAAGUUCCUGAUUGUUCCGCUUCUCAAACCUUCUGUUGCUCCGGAUCAUCUAAUGCAGAAGUACGUCAUCCUCUACCGUCAAGAACUUGGAGGAUUCCCGAUUAUUAUCGAGUCACCAACGUUGACUCCACCGGAACUCCUCACUCUUCUGAAGCGAGAAGUUGUCAGCGAAGAGUACAAGCUCCGUGAGAUGGGCCUGUUUGCAGAAGAGCUGGAUAACUAUGAAGACGAUAUUCCAAAAUACAGCGAAAAUUCGUUCCUGUUGAAAAUUACGGACCUGCCGGAAAAUGCCAUCAAAAGUCGUCUCAGCACACUUGAGGACAUAAAGAAGCCGUUGACCGGAGAUUUGUUGAGAUGGACUGAAAUUGCUGGAAUCCACAGCCUCUUCGGACAGAAAAAUGCCGAGCCGAUCGUUAAGCGAUCUCGUAAAAGAUCAAGUUCUUGCAUGAAUUAA